AAACAAAAAAAAAAACUAAAAAAAAAAGAGAGAAAACACAAAGAUGGUAAUUAAUAGACUCUCGUUUGUUUUUACUUUUUGUUCGCAACAUCAUAUUCAGGAUGACUAGUCAGCAUUUAUACAUUUCCUUUGUAAUAGCUUAAAGAAGAAGAAAAAAUGAAAUUUCAAAAUUAUGUGUGCAGCAACGAAAACGCAAAGAAAGGCCAAUUGUUUUAAAACGUCCUACGAGCGUGCGCAUUAUUACGAAAAUGUGCAGGAAUGUUGCCCGAACAAGGAGGUAAUUACGAAGCCGGUUGCUAAGCCAAGUCGAAGACCAGAUUUAUACGUUUACGAUCCAAUUGUCAAUGAAAAACUGUCGACCUACAGAAAAUAUUAUACUACCAAGGCAUUGAAUAACAAAAGCUUUGAAAGUCACGGAAAGGUGUAUUUGUCUUCAAAAUAUACUUUGAAGUCACUUUAUGAUGAAUAUCGUAUUAAACCUGUUAAGCCAUUUGAACACAAUGAGACAAUCUCAGGUACAGAUUACGUUGAACCAACGGAAACAAUUGAAAUGAAAUUAUUACAAAAUUUUUAUACCGAAACGUCAUCGAAUAAAAUAAACAGCUCUUUCAAUGAACAACGAGAUCAUUUUUUUUGCCCCUACAUAACCACUUCUCAUUCUGUGCACAAACAUUUCGAUAAAACGCCAAUGGCCAACGGUAAGAGUUGCGUCAGGUUCGAUUACAAGAACGAAGUUAAAAAGAAAAUUCCAGACGUUCAAACAUUUUACCCAGUAAAUCCAAGAGUUUUUUUUAAAGUUCCAUUUGGCGGAGCUACUAGUAUUUACAAAGGGGACUUUAAAGAUCCUGCGACGAAAUCUAAUUUUAACAAUAUCUGUCUCAACACCAAACCUAUAAUUAAAAUAAAAUAA